AUGAGUUUGGCUGAGUGCAUGGUCACUAACCGAGAAGAGAGCUGGGCCUAUACAGAGGCAGGAGUGCGGGUCUCUCGGCGGAUUGUAGAGAGCGAGGAGGAGGUUAAAGAGGUGGAGCAGGAUACGACACACGACAAUAUCCUGAAGGAAGGCAAACACGGGACCUGGGGGACGCUGAAUCCCGGAGUGCAGAAAGGCAGCGGACAGAUCCAGCUGUGGCAAUUCCUCUUAGAACUGCUGUCCGACACCUCCAACAUCAACUGCAUCACUUGGGAAGGAGCCAAUGGUGAGUUCAAGCUCAUUGAUCCAGACGAGGUGGCCAGGAGGUGGGGGGAACGGAAGAGCAAGCCCAACAUGAACUACGACAAGCUGAGCCGGGCGCUGCGUUACUACUACGACAAAAACAUCAUGACCAAAGUCCACGGCAAGCGCUACGCCUACAAGUUCGACUUUCACGGGCUGGCUCAGGUCUGCCAGCCCUCUGCUACCGAGCACACACUGUACAAGUUCCAGAGCAACCUGGCUCACAUCCCCUUCUCUGGGAUCCCCAAGCUCAACCUUGUGACGUCCAACGUCUCCCACUCGGGAUUCUCCUAUUGGCCGGGGUCGACCCCUGCCCUUUACCCCAGUCACGGCCUGCAGCCCCCCACCCAUUUCAGCCCGGUCAGUGGGUCGCACCUCGGCGGCAUCAGUAACAUCACCAGCAUCAACAAUAUUAACAACCACUAUCACUGAAUGGUGCUUCACAGGGCGUGGGUUACAAGGCUACAACAAGCCCCAUUUUGCACCAGAGCUCCUAAUCCUGAUCAAAUCU